AGAAGCACGUCCGUUCUCUGGGAACCCUUUGCAAAUUCUUGUGGGGAUCCCUAGUUUACACCCUUUCUGUGAUAAGUACGGUAUUAUUUCAGGCCACCACCUUUUGGUUUGGUAGUAGUUCCCCUAAAAUGGAAUGGCAAAUAAUCUACCUCAUCCAUUUCUGACAGUGGCAACCAAAUUCCGGUCAAAAGCACACACUUUUUUAGGAACGUAGCGCAAUGUGGAACUUAAUGCUCUGAAGUCAAAACAGGUAUGCAUCAGGCUUCCUCUGGAUCAAUCACUAGCUAUGUGACCUUGCAGAAGUCUUGUUACCUACGAAUCUGGAAGAAGUGCACCAGUGCAUGCACAGGGUCCCGGGGACCUUCAGCUUCUCUUGCUAAGAGCGCCGCUUUCUAGGGCAACAGCAACCAGUGCUGGCAGAGGGACGCCAACAUGGUGCUGAUGACGUCACUUCCGGGGCGCCAGUCCCCGGCUUGCUUGUGCAGGAGAAAAGGCAGUCGACCUUUGCUAAGGAAAGGAGAGGAGUGCUAGGUACUGCGGUUCGCGAGGGAGGCGGGUGGAAUUGCUCACCUUUCACUGUGGUUUUAUGCACCUGAACGAAAGGUUCCCCCUUUUCUAAGAGCACCGCCCACACCCUCUUUCUCAGAGCAGAGAGCCCAGAGCUGUCCAAGUCACCCGGGUCACUCGGGAGCAUUCUUACCCUGAAAGGGAAGUACUUCUCACAAUCUUCCCUGCCCCGAUUGAGUUACUGCAAAUCUAAUUCCUUUGAAGUGACUAUCUGAGCCUCAUUCCUUGCAGCUGCCCUCUGCGAAUUGGUCGCUCAUCUCUAAUUUCUGGAUGUCCUCUGUCCCAGUUGGGAUAUUAUUCGCUGCUGUUUUGAAUCCCAAAUUUUGGCCAUUCGUGUGGAAUUACCAAUAUACUAGUAAUAAUGCUAAUAUUGAAUAAGGUAGCAGGAAUUUUUUUUAAACCAUCCAAAAGGAAAGUUGAUGAAUUUUUAAGAAGUUUUAAUUUUCAUCCUGGAACACUAUUUCUUCAUAAAAUAGUAUUGGGUAUUGAAACAAGCUGUGAUGAUACAGCAGCUGCAGUGGUGGAUGAUACUGGAAAUGUGUUGGGAGAAGCAAUACAUUCCCAAACUGAAGUUCAUUUAAAGACAGGUGGGAUUAUUCCUCCAGUAGCUCAACAACUUCAUAAAGAAAACAUUCAACGAAUAGUACAAGAAGCACUUUAUACCAGUGGAAUAUCUCCAAGUGAACUCUCAGCAAUUGCAACUACCAUAAAGCCAGGUCUUGCUUUAAGCUUGGGAGUAGGCUUAUCAUUUAGUUUACAGCUGGUAGACCAGCUAAAAAAGCCAUUCAUCCCCAUUCAUCAUAUGGAGGCUCAUGCACUUACUAUUAGGUUGACCAAUGAAGUAGACUUUCCAUUUUUAGUUCUUUUGGUUUCUGGAGGUCACUGUCUCUUGGCUUUAGUUCGAGGAGUUUCAGAUUUUCUGCUUCUUGGAAAGUCUUUGGAUAUUGCACCAGGUGACAUGCUUGACAAGGUAGCACGAAGACUUUCUUUAAUCAAACAUCCAGAAUGCUCCACCAUGAGUGGUGGGAAAGCUAUAGAAUAUUUGGCCAAACAAGGAAACAGAUUUCAUUUUGAUAUCAAUCCACCCAUGCAGCAUGCUAAAAAUUGCAAUUUUUCUUUUUCUGGACUUCAACAUGUUGUUGAUAAAAUAAUAAUGCAGAAGGAGAAGGAGGAAGGCAUUGAGAAGGGACAAAUCCUGUCUUCAGCUGCAGACAUUGCUGCUGCAGUACAACAUACAACUGCGUGCCACAUUGCAAAAAGAACACAUCGUGCUAUUCUGUUUUGCAAGCAGAGAGGCUUGUUAUCUCAAAGUAAUGCAGUACUAGUUGUAUCUGGAGGUGUUGCAAGUAACUUGUAUAUACGGAGAGCUCUGGAAAUUGUAACAAAUGCAACACAAUGCACUUUGUUGUGUCCUCCCCCAAGACUGUGCACUGAUAAUGGCAUUAUGAUUGCAUGGAAUGGUAUUGAAAGAUUACGUGCUGGUUUGGGCAUUUUACACAACGUAGAAGGCAUCCGCUACGAACCAAAAUGUCCUCUUGGAAUAGAUAUAUCAAAAGAAGUUGGAGAAGCUCUCAUCAAAGUACCACGAAUAAAAAUGAAGAUUUGAUCUUUGCUUUUCAAAGAAGUCUCUACAGGUUAAAGAAAAAAGAAGAAGGAGAACUGGGCACGUGGCACAUUCCUGUAAUCCCAGUGACUCGGAGGCUGAGGUGGCUGAUGCAGAAGAAUCGAGAGUUCAAAGCCAACCUCAGCAAAAGCAAGAUGCUAAGCAACUCAAUGAGACCCUGUUUCUAAAUAAAAUACAAAAUAGGGCUGGGGAUGUGGCUCAGUGGUAAAGUGCCCCUGAGUUCAAUCCCCAUUGCCACCCCCCAAAAAAGGGCAGGGGAGAUACUUUUCUGUAUGACCAUGAUAUGCAGAAAUAUAAACUCCACAGAUACCUAGCUUCCCUUCAUACUCCCUGAAUAAAUGAAGUUCGUCCUCUUUUCAUUAUC